AUGCUGCGGUCCAAGUCAUCCAAAGCGUUGGCCUCGGGCCUUGUCAAGAGCUCCAUACCGAGCACACCGAGACCGAGGGCCGGACGAGCUGCUAAUGCUGCAGCAUCCUCAGCCAGACACGGCGGCGCCGUUGCAUGGACCCCGCAGCUACAAGCACAGCUCAACUCCCGAAUCUCGUCGUACCGAAGCAUUCACAGCACCGCAAGCAACAUGGCUCAAGCUACGCGAACCGAGAGCGACGCCUUUGGCGAGAUCCAGGUCCCCGCGGACAAGUACUGGGGGGCCCAGACGGAGCGAUCCCUCGAGAACUUUCGCAUCAACCAGCCCCAGGAUCGCAUGCCGCCUCCCAUUGUCAAGGCUUUUGGAAUCCUGAAGGGAGCCGCUGCGACGGUGAACAUGCGAUAUGGCCUGGACCCCAAGAUCGGACAAGCCAUCCAGCAAGCCGCCAAGGAGGUUGCUGAUGGCAAGCUCAUGGAUCACUUCCCGCUCGUCGUCUGGCAGACCGGCUCCGGCACCCAGUCCAACAUGAACGCCAACGAAGUCAUCUCCAACCGCGCCAUCGAGAUUCUCGGCGGCGAGAAGGGCACCAAGAAGCCAGUCCACCCCAACGACCACGUCAACCGCAGCGCCUCCUCCAACGACACCUUCCCGACCGUCAUGCACAUAGCUGCCGUCCUUGAGCUCGAGAACGACCUGCUCCCCGCCCUCCGAAGCCUCCGCAACGCUCUCCAGGCCAAGGUCGACGAGUUCGAGGCCAAGAAGAUUAUCAAGAUCGGCCGCACUCACUUGCAGGAUGCCACUCCCCUGACUCUCGCCCAGGAGUUCUCCGGCUACGUCGCCCAGCUCGACUUUGGCAUCCAGCGCGUCGAGGGCUCUAUCCCCGACCUCCGUCUGCUCGCCCAGGGCGGCACCGCCGUCGGUACCGGAAUCAACACCUUCCAGGGAUUCGCAGAGGCCAUAGCCGAGGAAGUCACCAAGAUGACGGGCACCGACUUCAAGACCGCCCCCAACAAGUUUGAGGCCCUCGCCGCCCACGACGCCAUCGUCCAGGCCCACGGCAGCCUCAAUACCGUCGCCACCUCUCUGACCAAGAUUGCCCAGGACAUUCGCUACCUGGGCAGCGGCCCCCGCUGCGGCCUCGGCGAACUGGCCCUCCCCGAGAACGAGCCAGGCAGCAGCAUCAUGCCCGGCAAGGUCAACCCCACGCAGUGCGAGGCCCUGACCAUGGUCUGCGCCCAAGUCAUGGGCAACAACGUGGCCACCACCAUUGGCGGCAUGAACGGCCAAUUUGAGCUCAACGUCUACAAACCUCUCGUCAUCCGCAACCUGCUGCACAGCUCUCGCCUCCUCUCCGACGGCAUGCGCUCCUUUGAGAAGAACCUCGUUGCUGGCCUGCAGGCCAACGAGGACAAGAUUUCUCAGAUCAUGAAGGAAUCCCUCAUGCUCGUCACCUGCCUCAACCCCAAAAUUGGAUACGACAUGGCGUCCAAGGUCGCCAAGAACGCUCACAAGAAGGGCCUUACCCUGAAGCAGAGCGCCAUGGAGCUCAAGGCUCUCACUGAGGAAGAAUUCGACGCACUCGUCAAGCCGGAGCUCAUGAUUGGGCCCAGCCAACACAAGCCAUGA